AUGAGCCGAGACGCGUUGUCCUCGCGACGCCAGGACAGUCCUCUGACACGCAGAAGUCGAGAUCUCUCUCCACCGAGCACUAACUGUCUCGAAGUUCAAUGGCGAUUCCUGCAGCACAAGAACCCAAAGCCGCCUCAGUUCGCUUCUCCCACUCGACAGCCACUGCCACAAAUUCUGGGCAACAACAAUUCGUCUUCGAAACACUCCGAGCGCACACAGUCAAAAGCACCCCCAGGGUCUCCCUCGCGAUUGUUUCACAUGUUUGAAACGCAACAAGUGGGACGCGAGGAACCAAACACUACGCUUACUAGUCAAACUCAACAAGAUGGCACUCUCCCUGACAGCCGUGCCAGCCGGACUCUAAACGAUCUAAUGGGCGAGACCCAACGCAAAGCCAUGCUGGAUCGGAUUCUGGCCGACAUGGAAUAUCUAGCAGUUGAGCCAACGUAUUCUCGCCUCGGACAACCCGAAGACACGGGGUACGACCCCGAGCGAAGGCGACGACAACGUCGUAAACUGCAGCAACUCAAUCAGCAGGACGAAGGACCGCGAAUCUUCUGGCAGAAAUCGACUGGUGCAAAGUCUGCCGUGGACAUCCCCGAGCGGCUGCAUGGACUUGCGUUGACCCCCUCGCCACCACACCGACUGAGAUCCUCACAGCAUAUUAUACUCGGUCGCAGGUCACACACACCGCACCAGCAACGGUCACGCUCAAGUGUGAUAACUGAUCGACGACGCAGCAAAGACGACCGAUCUACGAGUCCACACCAACCUCCUAAAACUGCGUCCAGUAUGGCAAGUCGUCGACACGUAAAACUGCGUACUCCGACGCCAACGUCACCACCAGCUUCCCCUCCGAAAGUUCAUUACGGCUCUUGGUACGUUCCGCAGUCCGAAUGGUGGACGUUGCAUCAGAUCGAGCAACAAACCAUCAUCGACAAGUUCCCAGCUCUAGGUGCACCUGCAAAUUGCGACGCGGGAGAUAAUCAUUGUCAUGGCAGUCCGACGCAACGCCAACACAAGCCUCAGUUGCCAUCGGCAGCUCCCUCUCCGCGUUCUCACGCUACUGUUGCUGCUGCUCCAGGCACUGCGACUGCGAGCAACAGAGACCCGUCCACAAGCCCACACGGCGGUGCACCGCCCUCUGCACCGAGUUCGCUUGAGCUUCAAGUGGCUAGCAUUCCGCAGUCGUACAUCGGACGCGAGUAUCGCGCGUACAUCGUCAGCACGGGAUCAGCCAUGCCGCAGUAUCUGCAAUGA